AUGGACCCCUACAGCGCAGAAGGAGAGCUCGUGAACAUUCACAACCACUUCCACCAGGGCCAGUUCCAACAGGUGGUCGACUUCGAUACAUCCGCCUUCAGCCCCGAGAACGAAUUACCAGCCAAAGUGCUUGUUCUGCGUGCCCAGAUUGCUCAGGGACAAGCCAAGGAGGUGCUCUCAGAAGUCAAGGGCGCAUCCGAACCAGAACUGCAAGCCGUCGGUGCGCUCGCGCAACAGUCGCUGGGCUCUACAGACGAGGCGAUCAACACCAUUGAGCAGCUCGCCAGCUCGCAAGGGGAGAACGCCAUAGUCCAGGUCGUGGGUGGCACCGUGCUCCAGGUGGCAGGAAAGAGCGAGGAAGCAUUGGCACUGCUGUCGCAGCACUCUGGAAACCUCGAGGCCGUGGCUUUGAUUGUGCAGAUACACCUCCAGCAAAACAGACUGGACCUGGCCCAAAAGGAGGUCAAGGCAGCACGCAGCUGGGCCCAGGACAGCUUGCUUGUCAACCUGGCCGAGUCAUGGCUCGGUCUCAGAGAGGGUGGUGAGAAGUAUCAGCAAGCCUUCUACGUUUUCGAAGAAUUGGCACAAGCCCCUGCCACGUCGUCCGUCACAACCUUGAUCGCACAAGCGGUUGCCGAGAUCCAUUGCGGAAGGUACGAGGAAGCACAAGCAGGCUUGGAGCAGGCCUUGCAGAAGGACCCCGAAAAUGGCGACGCCCUCGCCAACUUGCUGGUCCUCAAGACCAUUACUGGCCAGGAACGCCACGAUACACGAGCGGCUUUGGAGAAAGCUGCGCCAUCGCAUCCUCUGCUGCUUGACUGGCAGGAGAAGAAGUCGGCAUUUGAUCAAGCGGCGGCCAAAUUCAAGCCCAAGGUCGCUGCAGCAUAG